UUCAACGAAAACAACAAAGAAACCCACAAUUUCGAUGUAAAAUUGACUCAAAACCUGAGGCUGGUGUUCAAGAUGGGGCAGGGAAACAGCCAGUUCACCGAAAUGGAGUUAGAGGAAUAUCAGGAUCUGACAUAUUUCACCAAGAAGGAGAUAUUAUAUGCCCAUAAACGCUUCAAGCAAUUGGCCCCAGAGAAGGUAGGACACAACCGUAAUGCAAAACUACCCAUGGACAAGCUCUUGACACUCCCAGAACUGCAGGCCAAUCCAUUUGGAGAACGGAUGUGCCUCAUCUUCUCGUCAACAAAGGAUGGUGACUGCACAUUUGAAGAUUUCCUAGAUAUGAUGUCUGUGUUUAGUGAAGCUGCCCCAAAAUCAGUGAAAGCAGAAUAUGCAUUCCGCAUUUUUGAUUUUGAUGGGGAUGACUAUCUUGGCAGAAGAGAUUUAGAAAAGACAAUCAACAAGCUUGUAGCUCCCCAGCAGUUCAAGCCUGAAGACAUGGAGGCAUUGGUUACCAGGGUUUUAGAGGAAGCUGAUUUGGAUGAUGAUGGCAUGCUUGCUUUUGCAGAGUUUGAGCAUGUCAUAUCCAAGUCUGCAGACUUUGCUAAUUGCUUCAGAAUCCGGCUGUAAAGUUUCAAAUGACAGUGCACCAGUCAGCCAUGUUUAUGGUAUGCUCUUCCAUACAAUUGCACAAUCUUCCUAUCAUUGCCAUAGUGAAAUGACUAUACUGAUUUAUAAUCACAGAUAACCUACUCAUAGUUUGAUACUCAGUCAGUGCCCUUAUAUUUCUGAAAUAGAACAAGAAGGUAUCACAAAAAUAAGUUUGCUUACCAUUAAACCUGAUAACUCCAGGUGUGUGUGUGUUUGUGGAGAGUGAAUGACCAGUUGCCUGCUUGUGUUGUUCCUUGCACAAGUAUUGCUUUCAGCCAUAUUCCAUGCCAUACAAUGAUCUGUGCACUAUAUUAGCAUUAUGUACGUACUCAAAAGAAAUUUUGGUGGCCUUUUUGUGUAAUGCAUGAUUUUACUGUUUUAUAAUGUUUAUAAUGUUUUAUGAUGUUUAUACUAUUAGCUACCAAGUUGUAAUCAUGUCAGUGCCAACUAGAACUUUAAACUAGAGUAUACUAAUAGCAUUGCUAUUCCUUAGAAGAUAAGUGUUGGCAACCAAUGAUUGUAUUUUGAUCAUCCUAAAGAUGUUCAAAGACUUUAAAUUUUGCUUUUGUUAUUUCUAUUCUGAUUUUCAGUUGGAUUAUUAUCCUUUGAAUAAGUGCACUAAAGUAUGUAAAGGAAUUUUUCUUUUUUAUAGUUACUGAUUAUCUUGAAUACUUCAUACCAUGUUUUCUUUUCUUUUUCUUUCCUUUCCUUUCCUUUCCUUUCCUUUCCUUUCCUUUCCUUUCCUUUCCUUUCCUUUCCUUUCCUUUCCCUU